AUGCCAAACAAGUUUAAGAGGAAGAAGGCACACAAAGCAAAGGAGCGUAUCAGCAACACCGAAGAGAAGCCUGGUCGCUCUGAGGUCGACAAGUCGGCUGCAGAUAUCACCAAGGGCGUCGAAAGCUCUCUUCAUAUUGAGGAUACCAAGCCCGUUGACGACUCUCCUCAGCAGAAACCCGUGGACGAGUUGGCUCAAAGUCCUGAGCAACAACACCUCGCUGUGACCGACUCUCCCAGAGAGGGUUCAUUCAGAAAACGCAUCCGAGCUCUCACUGGAGGCUCAACCAAAUCGACUAACAGAGAGAGCUGGGAAUCCAGAUCUUCGACCUCUAUGAGCUCGCGUUGGCUAGCUCCAUUCCGCGAAGCCAGCAUGUCUCUCUCGCCUAGAAAGGUGUCUGGAUCCCCUCCUGGUGUUAUGCGAUACAUCAGAGCACCUCACGAUUACAUGAUCAUCGAUCUCGACUACUUGGAGGAUCAGAUCAUGAACAACGGUCUCAACAGCGGUCUUGCCGGUAGCGGAGAAGGCGAAAAUGAACAGUCUGAUGGAGAGCCUCUUGCGGAGCCGAAGAAAUGUGCAAGUUUGGCGGAGUUGGUGAGAUGGUUCUCAUCUUUUGACAAGAACCACGUACUAACACAAACGAAGAUCCUCUAUGUCCGCCGCGCGACCGGAACCGAGAUCAAGUCGAUCAAUCUUCUUGAUCCCAAGGUCCGUCGCAGACAGGGCGACGCUAGGGCCUGGAACCAUAGGAACCUCCGGUGCAUCCGCUGCCCUGGUCCCUGUCCCGUUUGCAAGGUAGCCUGCUGCCUGCGCGAAGAAGCCCGGGCCAAGGUGCACGAUGGAUCUUUGGAGGGGGAGGACCUCGAAAAGGUCAAGCGUCUGAUCGAGAUUAUCGAAUUCCUCGGUCCUCACGCCAAAGACGCGGACACCUACUCGCAGUGCUCCCCCCCUGAUGGAUGUGGCCGCCGUGUGUGUCCAGACUGCUGUGGCGUCUGUCCAAACAAAAUCUGUCGCGACAUCCAGUGCGUGGUAAGUCUUUUCCCUCAUAUGUUCAACGCUGCUUGA